AAGCUUAGUGCUUUUAACUUUCAACCUCCCCGUAAUCCUGCGACCAGGUUUCCCUGUCCUGGUCACCAAAUGCUCCGUAUCUUAUGUGCUAAGAGAACCGGCAAGAGGAGAUACCCAUCGGAGAAGAAGAAGCUAAAAUCCAAGCAUAAAGAAAUUCUCAAAGACUUGAAGGAUGAGAACAAGUUUGAGGGUACAUGGAGGCUUUAUAAGCUCGGGGUUCCAAUUGAUAAGGAUCCUGGCAAGGAUUUUCUCGAUGUUUCAGAUGGGCUUCUUGAAGAGAUUGCCAAAGUUCUUGAGUUCCCGGUUGCUUCAUUGUUACCACGUGAAGCUUUCUCGGUUGUUCGGAAAUCAUUUGAUGCCAGGAAGAAAUUAAAGGAGCCCAAAUUUGUGCAUACUGUGGACAUGGAUGUAAAAAAACUCCUCAAUCUAGAGCCUCGAACUUGGGACUUCAUUUCUCGGCUAGAGCCUAAAGUUGGCCUUGUAGAGCAUGUGCAUGAUGGAAGAGUUUUGGGUGAUUUGACGAGUAUAAUACACGAUUACAAAGAUCAUGAUGAAGAUGCAGCAACAAAUAUAGACAGAAAUAACAUUUUCUCAGGAGAUUUGUACCAAAUCCGAGGAACUAGGAAACCAAAAAUUGCAGUAGUGGGUGGCGGGCCUUCAGGUCUUUUUGCUACUCUUGUUCUUGCUGAGCUUGGUGCAGAGGUAACAUUGAUGGAGAGAGGCCAGGCUGUUGAAAAAAGGGGGCGUGAUAUUGGUGCUCUGGUUGUUCGUCGGAUUUUAGAAACAGAAAGCAACUUCUGCUUUGGGGAGGGUGGUGCAGGUACCUGGAGUGAUGGGAAACUGGUAACUAGAAUCGGACGAAAUAGUGGCAGUGUUCUUGCGGUAAUGAGAACUCUGGUGCAGUUUGGAGCUCCCCAAAACAUAUUAGUUGAUGGGAAGCCCCAUUUAGGAACAGAUAGAUUGGUUCCGUUGCUUCGCAACUUUCGGCAACAUCUGCUAGAGUUGGGCGUCUCCAUCAAGUUUGGGGCCAGAGUAGACGAUAUAAUCAUUGAAGAUGGACAUGUGCUGGGGGUUAUGGUAUCUGACUCGACUGAUAGAUUACAAGCAAACAGCCAGAAGAUGGAAUAUGAUGCAGUUAUUUUGGCUGUUGGCCAUUCUGCUCGUGAUACAUAUCAAAUGCUUCUUUCUCAUAAUGUGGUUUUGGAACCAAAAGAUUUUGCCGUAGGACUGCGGAUUGAGCAUCCUCAAGAACUAAUAAACAGCAUACAGUAUUCUGAAUUGGCCUCUGAGGUUCGUAGUGGACGGGGUAGAGUGCCAGUGGCAGAUUACAAAGUUGCCAACUACUUUCAUGAAGAGGAUAGUCGUGAUUUAUCUAACUAUGGGAUGGCAAAUCGUAGUUGCUACUCUUUCUGCAUGUGUCCAGGUGGGCAGGUGGUUCUCACCAGCACAAAUCCAUCUGAACUAUGCAUCAAUGGCAUGUCAUUCUCUCGGCGAGCAUCUAGGUGGGCAAAUGCUGCACUUGUGGUGACAGUCACAAUGAAGGAUUUUGAAGCUUUAAAUUAUUAUGGGCCUCUUGCAGGUGUCGAAUUUCAGAAAGAGUUUGAGCAAAGAGCUGCCACAAUGGGAGGGGGAAACUUUACAGUGCCUGUCCAGACAGUGACUGACUUUUUGGAAGGGAAGCUAUCUGUGACAUCGGUGCCUCCAUCAAGUUAUCGUUUGGGUGUGAAGGCAGUAAAUCUUCAUCAGUUAUUUCCUGUUCACAUAACAGAGGCUUUACAGCAUUCAAUUGUAGCAUUUGACAAGGAGUUGCCAGGAUUUAUCUCUAAAGAGGCACUCCUUCAUGGUGUAGAGACUAGGACCAGUUCUCCUAUCCAAAUUCCACGCAAUGCUGACACUUAUGAAAGCACAUCUCUGAAAGGUCUUUACCCAGUUGGCGAAGGAGCAGGUUAUGCUGGUGGAAUCAUUAGUGCAGCAGUGGAUGGAAUGUAUGCCGGAUUUGCUAUGGCAAAAAACUUCGGGUUAUUUCAUGGUGACAUUGAGUCUGUUCUGGGCAAAGCUCAGAAUGUUGGAUUUGUCAAGUACUAGGCAUCAUCUGACUCUUGCUCAGUUUUACCCGCUAGUAUUGCCAGGUGCACAAGUUUACAGGUGAUAUUCUCCAAAUUGCUGUGGAUAGUGGAAUUGGAUCGAUUAUCCCAGUCUCAUCACCGUGUAUUUGAGCAGGUGUAAAAAGUUCCGUGAUUAGUUUUGGACGAUUUUGAUCUGAGGCAUGAUGCACUGAGGACCGACAUGGUAUCCAAUGCAAUGGCAAUAUUACCCAAAAAAAACAAAAACAAAAUCGGUGGGAACUUGCAUUUUUCUAUGUGGGAAAGGACAAAGGAGGAGUUCAUGAUUCUUAUUUUUAUUAGAGUUUUGAGGAAGCUAAUAUAGUCACAUGGUCUUGCUACAUGGCACACCAUGAUACGUGUCUCAAAAGCAUAGCACAAAGGAUUAACAAGUUGCUUUUGUCGACCAAGAUCGAUGAGUUUAAUUAAAGAAAAAUAAAUCUGCCAACCCUUGUUAUGGUUGGUGGCAUCGUCUUCAACCCUAGUGGUGACUCUGACAGAGAGAGAGGACAGCGGAGAGGCAAGGCAUAUGCAUGAAGCCUGAGAAUUUUAUGACACGGGACAGUGUUGUCCUGAGAUUACAAGACCAAUCCAAGUGUGGAAUGGCUCUGAAAUUACAAAUUAGUCUAUCUUCUCUUUUACAGAAUGAUUGG